CAUCCGAAGCUGGAAGACUUGUCAUAAAAGAAGAGCAACUUGGUUUGAGAAUUGAGAUCUCCUCUACUCUACUCUUCAUCGGAAGAAGGGAAGAUGACGAUGUUCCACUUCUUCAACUGUGCAAUCCUAACUUUCGGACCUCAUGCUGUCUAUUACUCUGCUACCCCUUUGUCCGAGUAUGACACGCUGUGGACUUCAAUAAGAGCUGCUGUUGUUUACCUUGUUACCUCACUAGUAAAGCUAGUUUGUCUAGCAACAUUUCUUAAUGUAUCCGAAAGCGACAGUUUUGAUCCAUAUCAGGAAUUGUUGAAGGCCGUAUUCGGGUUUAUAGAUGUUGCAGGCCUAUAUUUUGCUUUGACACAGUUGACGCACAGAAAUAUUUCGCAGAAUCAUAAGUUUCAAGCUGUUGGACUUGGUGAGUAUGAUUUAUUUUUUUCCUGAAUUGAAAUAACAGUC